CCAAGUCCAACACGAGACGUAUUUGGUGGUUCCGCUCCUCGUCUUCUGCCUUGAAAUCUCAAAUCUAAAAAAAAACAGGAGACAGUAUACAACCAGCGGGUGGGACUCCGGCUGUUUUCUCGGCGGAGGGAUUGAUGACGCUGCGCAGCAAUGUUAAACGCGCCUCCGCAGUUAUCUGUGUUCUCCUGAUUUUUCUCGUCAACGUCGCCGACUGCUCCGAUGAAUCCUGGGGCAAAUGCUGCAGGAUAUGCAUUGCACAGCAGUGCGAUAAUAUUGGAAUCAGAUACGGGAAAUAUUGUGGAUUGGGUCAUACGGGUUGUCCUGGCGAGAAACCAUGCGACGAUGUCGAUGCUUGUUGUAUGAAGCAUGAUGACUGCGUUGGAAAAUAUGGUAUGACUCAUGUGAAGUGCCAUGAGAAAUUUAAGAAUUGCCUGAGAAAAGUACUGAAGUCUGGGAAAGUUGGAUUUUCGAAGGAGUGUCCCUAUAGGAUAGCUGCGCCUACUAUGAUAAGAGGCAUGGAUGUGGCCAUCACGCUGAGUCAAAUGGGUCAAUCCACCAUUGAUUUGUAACAAAAACUUGAAUACCUCAUAUAUCCCCCACUUGCAACUUCAAUUUAUCCUGAAAAAGCAUCUAAUUAGUGAUUGAAAUUUAUUAUCUCAUUUUGUCUAACAAAUCCUGGGUAAAUUCCUAUUUUUGGGAAUUUUUUUUUUUUAAUAUAGAGAUCUCUUGCAUAA